AUGGUGGCUUGGGAGCAGGGUCUGGAUUCCUGCUUGCCUCCUUCCUCUCAGCUUCUGGACACUGUGUCCUGGAACCUCUACAUCUUUGGAGAGACAGAAAACGAAGCAGAACAGAAAAUGAUCAGAAAGAAAAGGGAUAAGAAGAACAAUGUGGGGAUUCUAGCAGUGCUGGGGGUAGAGCCAGAUCCCCCACCUAGUUCUCUUGUAAGAGGCCAGAGGAAGAGCACUUCCAGUUUCUCAGCUUCUCAGAGGCUGAGAGAAGAGCUGCAGUGUGCCCCUGGUGAUCUCAUUGGUGCUCUCCUACUGCAGCAUCUCUCUUCCCUGAAGAACAGCAGGGAGCAAGUAGCAGUGGUGGAAUUCCACAGCAGAACUAAGAAGACGGAGCUGGAUUAAGAUGAGAACACAAAGACCAAAACUAGUAUACUUGAGGAAGAUGUGAAUACACAAGAAAUUAACUUAGAAAAAGUGUGGUGGGAGGUACACAGGUUUGGGAUCAUGGGUUAUGGAAAAGGAGAGGAAUGAGUCCUGGCUGGGAACUCAUGGUUAUGUUGUGUGCUCAGCCUCCCAGCAGCAGAUCAAAGGAAAAAGGCAGCAAAGAAAGAAGAAAAGAGAAUGGCCCAGGACACAGAUAUUUUCAAGAAAAAGAAGAAGAAAGGGCAGAAAGACAGGAAAUCCAAAAAGAACAAAUCAGCUUCCAGUAUUUUGUCAAGUGGAUGGAUUGGACAGGUUGGAAAACUGAAAAAUGGGACAUUGAUUCUGAGCCAAGUUGAUAUCAAGAAAAUACAUUCUUCCCAAGUGGCUAAAUUAAAUGCUUUAUGA